GUGUAUCAUGAAACCAUGACAACAAUCUUUCUCAAAUCUCUACAGAAUCGAGAUUAUCAUGGGUUCUCUCAGGAUCCUGUCGUUGACGAGUGGAACAUGAGGAUGGCCUUCUUCUUUGGCAUCUCUAUGGCUAUUGUGGUUGGGGGUACCUUCAUCCACUAUUUGCCAGACCAUGGUAUGAGGCAGUGGGCCAGGAGGGAAGCAGAAAGGUUGAUUACACAGAGGGAGGCUGCAGGCCUUCCUCUUAUGGAGGAGAACUACUAUGACCCAAGCAAGAUUGUGCUACCAGGAGCCGGAGAAGAGUAGGAUGUACUAUAAGGAGAUGCACAUUGAUCAUUUGUUUAUUUCUCUGACUGUAAAUUUCUCUUCAGUAUGUUAUUAAACAUACACUACUCUACUACA